GUUAUGUUCAAAUGAAUACAGAGUGGGAGGGCUAUUGCACUGGCAGUGAAAGUAGAGUGGGCAGGCUGGCCGUUAAAGAAAGUGUCUGCGCCUCAGGACCCUCCUCUCUUCACUACGGCCGGCGCUUUUCGCCCGUUGUUCGCGAAACGUGAGGCCCUUCUGAAGAACUCCGGUCCGUCCUACCUUCCCGUUUCCCGGUGAUACGUUUUAAAGGAAGCCCCUGUCUAAUAUUUCCCCAGGAACACAUAUUGGAUUUUUAUUACAUUCUUUUUUUUAAUUGACCGACGCUAUAUUAACGACUCCGGCCAUGGCAGCCAGCGCGAAGCGAAAGCAGGAGGAAAAACACCUGAAGAUGCUGCGGGAAAUGACAAGUUUGGCCCCCAACCGAAAAUGCUUCGACUGCGAUCAGCGCGGCCCGACCUACGCCAACAUGACCGUGGGCUCGUUCGUCUGCACGUCCUGCUCAGGCAUCCUACGAGGCCUGAAUCCCCCCCACAGAGUGAAGUCCAUCUCCAUGACGACCUUCACGCAACAGGAAAUAGAAUUUCUACAGAAGCAUGGAAAUGAGGUAUGUAAACGGAUAUGGCUCAGCCUUUAUGAUGACAGAAACUUGGCCAUCCCAGACUUCAGAGAACCUCAGAAAGUCAAAGAGUUUCUUCAGGACAAAUACGAAAAGAAGCGAUGGUAUGUUCCUCCAGAGCAGGCUAAGACGGUGGCGUCGGUUCACGCGUCAAUCUCUGGUUCAUCUGCUAGCAGCACCAGCAGCACUCCAGAGGUCCGACCUCUCAAAACAUUACUGGGGGAAUCAGUACCCACUUUACACCUCAACAAAAGCACACCCAGCCAGUCUCCGGUUGUGUCACGCACUCAGCUGACCCAGCAGCAGCAGCAGCAGCAGCAUCACGACAGGAAGUUCAAUCUGCUUAGCGAUCUAGGUGGCGACAUUUUUGCAGCUCCGCACUCGCAGUCCACAGGCAACGCAAACUUUGCCAACUUUGCACAUUUCAACAGUCAUUUGGCAGCGCAGAAUGCAAAUUCUAAUGCAGACUUUGCGAAUUUUGAUGCGUUUAAUAAUAGUUCUGCUGCUCAAACCACAGCGACAUUUCCAUCAGCUCCACAAGCCCUAUUUCAACACGCACAACCAGUAUACAACAGUCUCCCAUUUAGUCGCAGUGUGGGCGAGUUUACCUCAUCGCUGCCUCCACUGGCCAUGCACAGUAGCUCAUCAGGACUAGCUAAUGCCAACUUUGCAGACUUCGAAAACUUCCCCAAAUCUUGCGGUGCUGAUUUCGCCUCAUUUAGCUCCACCCAGAGUAACUCAGUGGGAGAGGGGCAUAAAGUGGAAGCAGUCAGCGUCUCUGCAGACCGAUACGCAGCCCUCGCCGACCUCGACAACAUGUUCGGCAGCAAACCUGAGCAAGGAACGAGUUCAGCCCCUCCGUCAGCAGGUGUGGGUCCUCCACCUCCACAGGCAGCUCUGUUGGGCGGCAAUCGCUACGCUGCUCUAGCUGUACUAGACAAUGUCUUUAGCUCCUCAGCGCCAAACGUGAGCGGCUACAACACUGCCACCACCGCACAAGGGUCUAUGUUUGGAUCCUCUACGGCUGCUCCUCCAGUUCAAGCACAACAGGGUUUACCCAGCAUGCCUCAGGGUUUUGGAGGGCCUUCGACGAAUCCAUUCGUUGCUCCCGGGGCUCCGCAGGCCCCUCCCACUAACCCGUUUCAGACCAAUGGAAGAGCAGCAGUACCAGGAGUGGGUGUGGCCACAGCAGCCUCUUUCGGUCCUCCGUCCAUGAGCAUGCCGACUGGGUUUGGAAACGCUGCUGCGUACAACCUUCCCACCAGCUUCAGUGGAAACUUCCAGCAAGCGUUUCCUGGACAGCCGUUCCCCCAGCAGCACGCGUAUCCCCAACAACCCAACGGAGGUUUUGCUGCAUUUGGUCAGGGUAAAGUCACUCCGUUUGGACAGAACAUGACGGCGCCUGGAGUAACCAACAAUCCCUUCCUGGCAGGGGCACCAGCAGCACAGUUUCCUGCAGGAGGCUCAUCCACAAACCCCUUCUUAUAGCACGCCUUUGUCCUCCGCUCCUCCGGUGGGCGGCCUGCGACUCGUUCGCACCUCUUGCACUGUUUUGUUUCUCAAGUAGCUUUAAAAAAAAACAUCAAAUUCUUAAAGGAAUUUUUUAUUGAAUUUUAAGAGCAGAAGACAGAAAAAAACAGCAAGGGAAUAUAUACAUGAUCCUGUCUAUGGCACAUCCAUAAUGACAGAAAACAAAACAAGUUGCAGAGUUGUUUGGAGAAAAGGAGCUUUUUUUUACUGUGCUCCUUUUGUCAUUCCUGUGAACUGGCCUGACCUGGACAUCAUCUGCACGACGUGGUGGAUUACUAAGUUAUUGCAAACCUCCUGUUCAUGUUAAUGCUGAAAUUCUGUAUAUAAUUCUUUCAUAGAAAUUGCUAAAUUUGAGGUCUUUGUGCAUAUCAGUAUUUGUAUCUUUAACACGCAUACACACGCGUCCACACACACACAUGCUGCAUAUACGGCGUUGACGUCCGCCAUGCUGUGAAUAACAUUAAGAAAGAAUGUGGAAUCCCUUUUUGACAUC